GUGCGUUAGCCCGGCCCCGCGGGGAUGUUAACAAUGGGAGGGCGGAGUGAGUGACUGUCCGUCAGUCAGUGCAGCCAAAUGAGCGAUUGUCGUCUGUUUGCGCGUGCAUGGCGGAUAACUGGGAGCAGUGAACGUGCCUCCUGUUUGGGCGCGAGGUGGAAGCGCGUGCCUUCCGAGUUAACGGUCAGCGGCUCCCUCGGCUAUGGGGGACGCUGUGCGCUGCUGGAGACGGAGCCGCGGGAGUUGACGACCGGUUAGCCGCGGGGAGGGAGAGUCUGCAACGGCAGAACGGGGAGGGGAGAGAUCUGUAAAAAGGAGGGCCGCCCGCUUGGGGCUGCCGGUUAAGGUGCACAGUGGAAUCGGCGGCAGCCCGGGGUCCCGGCGGAGCAAGUGACGGUUGGAUUGCAGCCGGUUGACGGUCAUGGGGCUCCUCUUCUCCAAAUUGAGGAGUUUCUUCUUUGAACAAGAACAUAAAGUUAUUGUUGUUGGCUUGGACAAUGCUGGAAAGACCACAAUACUUUAUCAAUUCUUGAUGAAUGAAGUUGUUCACACAUCACCUACAAUUGGAAGCAAUGUAGAGGAGAUUGUGGUCAAAAGUACACACUUUUUAAUGUGGGACAUUGGUGGACAGGAAUCACUGCGUUCAUCAUGGAAUACCUAUUACACCAACACUGAGUUUAUAAUUCUGGUUGUGGAUAGCACUGACAGAGAGAGAAUAUCAGUCACCAAGGAGGAACUGUAUAGGAUGCUCGCUCAUGAAGAUCUAAGGAAUGCAGCUGUACUAAUAUUUGCUAACAAGCAGGAUAAAAAGUGUUGCAUGUCUGCCAUUGAAAUUUCAAGGUUCCUUACACUAAGUACUAUCAAAGAUCAUCCAUGGCAUAUCCAAGCUUGCUGUGCUCUUACAGGAGAAGGUUUGUGUCAAGGUCUUCAAUGGAUGACAACCACAGUUGGAGUGAGAUGAAGAUAUGGCUCCAUAAACAUGGAAUUACCUUGUGCCUGUGGCAAGCUUAUGAAGUUGCAAAUGCUGCAUUUUGAAAAAAACAAAAUUAAUUUAAAGCUGCUGUUACGUUUUAUACAACAUCAGUCUGCUUAAUCUGUUAAAUUCUACACUACAACGAUUAGCGCUUGAUACACAUUGCACAGACAUUUCAUGAUUGAAAAUUGUAACUCUUUCCCUCCUGAGGAAGGGCUUUUGCCCGAAUCAUCGAUUUUGCUGCUCCUUGGAUGCUGCCUGAACUGCUGUGCUCUUCCAGCCCCACUAAUCCAGAAUCUGGUUUCCAGCAUCUGCAGUCAUUGUUUUUACCUCAGACAUUUCAUGCGUCUGUCUUGAGUGUUGAGUGGGCGGCACGGUGGCACAGUGGUUAGCACUGCUGCCUCACAGUGCCUGAGACCCGGGUUC